AAGCAUCCACACAAAAUCACAAUGAAGCUCCUUGUUCAUCUCUCCAUCUUUUUAUCAAUCCUCUUUGUCUCUCUCCCAUCUUCUUACAGCUGCACCCCAAAUGACAAGAAUGCCCUCCUUCAAAUCAAGAAAUCACUGAACAACCCUCCCCUCCUCUCUUCCUGGAACCCCCGAACCGACUGUUGUACCGGCUGGACCGGCGUCGAAUGCACUAACCGUCGCGUUACAGCUCUCAGCGUUUCCUCCGGCGAAGUCUCCGGCCAGAUCCCGUACCAGAUCGGCGACCUACUUGACCUCCGUACACUCGAUUUCAGCUACCUGACCAACCUCACCGGAAACAUCCCACGCACCAUUACCAAACUCAAGAACCUCAACACUCUCUUCUUCAAGCACACUAGUCUCUCCGGUCCGAUUCCUGAUUACAUCAGCGAGCUCAAGAGCCUCACGUUCUUGGACCUUUCCUUUAACCAAUUUACCGGUCUAAUUCCCGGUUCGCUAUCUCAGAUGCCGAAGCUUGAAGCCAUUCAGAUCAACAAUAAUAAGCUAACUGGUUCUAUACCGAACUCUUUCGGUUCUUUUGUUGGCAACGUCCCUAAUCUCUACUUAUCUAACAAUAAGCUUUCAGGAAAAAUACCGGAAUCGUUGUCUAAAUACGACUUCAACGCAGUGGAUCUGUCCGGGAAUGGUUUCCAAGGAGAUGGCUUCAUGUUCUUCGGACGGAACAAAACAACAGUGCGAGUGGAUCUGUCGAGAAACAUGUUUAAUUUCGAUCUCGUCAAGGUUAAGUUCGCUAGAAGCAUAGUUUCGUUGGAUCUGAGCCAUAACCAUAUAUACGGGAAGAUACCACCAGCGCUGACUAAACUACACCUCGAGCAUUUCAACGUGAGCGACAAUCAUCUCUGUGGAAAAAUCCCAAGUGGCGGUCUCCUUCAGACCUUUGAACCAUCUGCCUACGCUCACAACAUCUGUCUUUGUGGGACUCCCCUUAAGGCUUGUUAAUUAGUUCGUUUUAGCUUGGCGGAAGAAAAAUAAUUAUGUUUAAUCUAUUAUGAUCAUGUGUUCAUUAUCACCGCCAAACCAAGGUUAUUGUCUCUUUUUGUUAUGAAAUCAAUGGUAAGAUAAAGA